AGAAAACAGUGGCAACAAUCUUGAAACCUCCAAGGAUGCCAAGCCCUUUCUCUAUUUUCUCUCGGAAGAAAUCAAAAGUGAGACUCCCAUUCAAGGACUACUACGCCGACUGGUUGCAUACUCUCAACCACAAACUCCUCCCUCUCCUCCGCCACUCCCUCUCUUCUUCUUCCCCCACUCUCCUCUCCUCUCGCACUGAUCUUCUCCUCCACCACAUUCUCUCUUACUACCACUCCCUCGAUCAUGCCGCUUCCCCACCCACAAUCCCUCACCUUCUCUUCCCUUCUUGGAACCACGCUACCCCCUUCCUCUUCCUCGGAGAUCUCCACCCUUAUCUCUUCACCAAUCUUCUCAGGUCCUUUCUUGAUGGAUCCAACCAAGAAACUCUGCCUCCUUGGACCGACCCAUCAAGACACUUGAUCACCCGCCUCGACCAAAUAGAAUGCGGCUUGAGACUCAUGGUUCCUGCUCUGGUUGAUAGGAUCAGGAAGGCGCAAGAAAAAUUUGUAGCCGCUGUCGUAAACAAUUGGGUCGCGAGCGAGGGGAAGAAAAUGGCGGUUGCUGAGACAAUGAAUGUGGAGAUGGAGGAGAUGGUGAGCGUCUUUCUGGAUGCAAACAGGUUGAGAAGGAGCGUGAUUUUGGAGAUUAUUGGCGCCAUGAGCGAUUACCAGGCUGCUGUUUUUCUGGAAGGGUUAGCCCGAUUUCUUGUUGGGUUUGGAGGCCCUGCAUUGCUCGCUGAAUUCGGAGAACUCCAACUGGGGUCCUGAUCAGAAACUGACUGGUGGGUGUUUGUUCAAUUUCUUGCUUUUGUUUUGAUUGUUCAUGCAGAGCAACAUGUAAAUAUUGGAUACCAUUUUAAGUUUAGAAUUGAAAAAGUAGAACAUAAAUCCUUUGUUCAAAGCUGGGAAUAUGAUCCAAGAGAAG